AUGGUUUCAGUAAGCGAAAGAAAUCGUCCGGAGAAAAUGAUCACUACUUUGCCCGAGAAUAUACCAGCUGUAUGGCCUAAUGAUCUCAUAUCGUUCUACCACGAGCAUUUUACAUCGGAUCCCAUCUACAAAGCGCUAUUGUUUGAAUCAGGAAUGUGUCACAUGGGGGACUAUGUGUUUGUCAACACCUUUGAGGAAUUGGAAGGAAGAGACGCGGCGGUGGCACUUUCCAUCAAAGGGUGUCCAUCUGUGUCAAUAGGCCCUGUGUUUCUCAUUAACUUUUUAAGAGGGGAGAACUCAAAGCUGAGCAAAAUGUCAAUGUGGGAGGAAGACGAUAGCUGCUUACAGUGGCUCGACAAACAACUCCCGUGCUUUGGGCAGGCUGUUGUUCUGCCCGAGGGAUUGGAAGAACGAACCAAAGAUCGCGCCUUGUUUGUGAAAUGGACGCUGCAAUUGAAGGUCCUUGCACAUCGUUCGGUCGGCUUAGACUUUAAGGACAUGGACAUUGACGAUGGGAGGUUGGUGAGUAGAGAAGAGAUAAGGAGUGUAGUGGUGAGCGUGAUGGAGAGUGAGGAGUCGCAGAAGAAAGUCGAGGAGCUGAAAGAAGUGGCAAGGAAAGCAGUGAUGGAGGGAGGUUCUUCUUGUGAAAAAUCUAUUACAAUUACUAAUUAUUAUCCUCUUAUCUUUGAUAGAUUAUUUGAGCAAUAA